UUUAAAUAACAUUAAAACAUUUGUUGUCACCACCUUUUUGUCAUAUCGUUAGUUUUCAGUGUACCAAUAUUUAAUGAACUAAAAAGCUGUGGCCAGUGUUUAACUACAGUACCAUCACUACCAGGAUUCAGUGUCCUGGUCUCCUCCCUCAUUUCCUUACAAUAAAAUGAUCUAGCCAGAGCGAUGAAGAUCGGGAAAAACUGAGCAAACAUUAAGUAGGAAAAGCUGUUAGAACGAUAUGGAUCCUUGGCAGUCCAGCAGAUUGACUGAUAGCUGAUAUCAAACUAAUCACUCUGUGUGUGUUUUUGAGUGCUUCUGGUCAUCAUGAGGAUAAGCUUUGUGAAGAGUUUGUUUCCAGUUUUGUCUGUCGCUGUGGUUUUUCUCUAUUUGAGCUCUGUGAAAUGGGAGAUAAAAACGCAAGAGGAGAAACUUCAGCGAGUCCAGCAGAACUUGUCAUUGCACAGCUCUCUUCUGCUCCACAAGCUGGACAAACUGGAGGCUCAUUUGAUUGCUGUGGAAGAAAGUCGCCUUAAGGUAAAAAGUGAGAAGAAACCAGCAAAGAAGCUAUUCCCAGACUCGGACCUCUUCAAGAGAUGGAGUGUGGAGCUUUCAGAGGAUGAGCAGAGGAAAGCUGAGGAUCUCUUUCAGAAAUAUGGAUAUAACGCUUUCCUCAGUGACCGACUGCCUCUGGACCGAGAGCUGCCGGACACUCGAGACCACAGAUGCGCUGAGCGUGAAUAUCCUCCCGAUCUGCCCACCGUCAGUGUGGUGCUGAUUUAUCUGGACGAGGCUCUGUCUGUCAUUCAGAGAGCCGUUUACAGCAUCAUCAACAGAACUCCAGCUCAUCUGCUGAAAGAGAUCAUACUGGUGGACGACCACAGCACUAACGAGGAUCUGCAGACGCAGCUGCAUGUUUACAUCAGCUCCAUCAAUGAGAAGCACCCAGGCCUGGUGAAGAUGGUGACGCAUGCAGAACAGAAAGGCCUCUCGCAGGCCAGGAUCUCAGGCUGGAAGGCUGCCAGCGGCGACGUGGUCGCCAUUCUGGACGCCCACAUUGAGGUCCAUGUCAAAUGGGCGGAGCCUCUACUUGCACGCAUCCAGGCUGAUCGCACGCUAGUCUUGAGUCCUGUGUUUGAUAAAAUUAAUUAUGAUGAUCUGGAGGUGACUAAGUAUUUCGCCUCUGCUCAUGGUUUUGACUGGGCUCUCUGGUGUAUGUAUGUGACAUUCCCGAAGAAGUGGUACAAUCGAAACGACCCUUCGCUGCCAGGAAAGAGUCCGUCUGUAAUGGGAAUACUGGUGGUGGAUCGUCUGUUCUUCGGUGAGAUCGGGACUCUGGAUGAAGGGAUGCAGGUGUACGGAGGAGAGAAUGUUGAAUUGGGAAUACGGGUAAUUCAUCAUCAUACUGAAGCGUUCAUCAUUUUACUAUAUUUACAUGUUGAACAAUGGUGUUGUUGCUCAUUGUUGACUCUUGGAUGUGUUUUGGCUCAGGUGUGGCUGUGUGGAGGGAGUAUAGAGGUUGUGCCCUGCUCCAAAAUCGCACACAUUGAAAGAGCGCACAAACCCUACAUGCCCGACCUGAGUAACGUCAUGAAGAGAAACGCCCUCAGAGUGGCCGAAGUUUGGAUGGACGAGUACAAGAAAAAUGUCUACAUGGCUUGGGGGCUUCCCUUAGAGAAUCAUGGGAUAGACAUUGGUGACUUAUCAGAGAGAAAGAAACUGAGAGAGAGGCUGAACUGCAAACCGUUCAAAUGGUAUCUGGAAAAUGUCUAUACUGAGUUAAAUCCUAUGGAUGAUUUGCUUGGUUAUGGAGCGCUGAUUAAUGAUCUGCAAACAAGUCUAUGUUUGGACAAAGGGCCGUCAGAGGAGAACACUCCCAUUUUAUAUCCAUGCCAUUUUUUAACCUCACAGGUGUUUUUCUAUACAACAAGUGGAGAGAUAUUAGUCGGUCCCCUUCAGCCACUUUUACACAGCCGAAACCGCUGUCUAGCUGAUCCAGGAUCGGGCCGGUUUCCAGAGUUUUCCUGGUGUUCAGACACAGAGAAACCAAAACACAUGUACUGGGACUUCAAACAGGGACAGGCCAUACAGAACAGAGACACCAAGCGCUGUCUGGAGAUCAGCCCCAAACAGACAGGAGACUAUAAAAAUAACGUUUUCGUUCAGGAGUGCAGAAACCAACACUGGAGGAUACAACAUGUAAUUAAGGACUUAUGAACUGCAAGGUAUAUGUUGUUUAUUUGAAAUGCUGGAGAAACUUUCCAGAAUGACACUUGAGGGACAGAAUUAAUAAUGAUGUUGAAUUACAGUUCAAGCAGAAGUGCUUCCAUGUCACGUGACUGUUAUUAACCAACAUCAAUGAGCCAUGAACAUCCAAUUAUGACAUUAAAUGCAUUGGACAUUUAGUGUCUUAAAGGUUUGUGUAACAAAACAUUUUGAUCAAAGCGUAAGCAAUUUAUUACAACACAAUUUGAUAUGGUCAUACCCAUACUCCUGAUAUAGCUAAGAAACUUAUGGCGUUUUCCAAAUUGCCAAUGUCACCCUCCAAAAGGCACUUCAGAGUUUAAAAAAAAAAAAUAAAUAAUGUCCGCCAUAUUGAAAUGUCAAACCAAAGUGCUCAAAACUGGCCACUUGGAAGGGCCUUUCAGAAUGAAGCAGUUUAAAAAAUACAACGUAUGUACACUUCGGGCCAUGAUCCUUCAAGCAAGGAAGGCGAUUGGUCUCGCACAGUGCACACAAUUCAGAAGGACUCAUCCCUAUGCUCUACUCUCAACAGAGGGACCAUCUGAAGGGAUUAGGGCAGGGGGGUGUCCACACAGUGUCCUGGAGAGUUUAGCUCCAACCCUAAUCAAACGCACCUGAACCAGCUAAUCAAGCUCUUAGAUAUACUAGAAACUUCCAGGUAGGUGUGUUUAGGAAGUUGGAGCUAAACUCAGCAGGACCCUGGCCCUCCUGGACGGAGUUUGGACAUCCCUGGAUUAGGGCAUAGGGAUGAGCCCUUCCUAAUGGAACCCAGUGCUUGUCUAGAUAUUGUAUAGAGCAGGGGUGUCAAACUCAAUUCCUGGAGGGCCGAAGCCCUGCACAGUUUAGUUCCAACCCUGCUCCAACACACUUACCUGUAGGUUUCAAACA